AUGGAGACCGGCGCCGGGCCACAUCCGCUGCGUCUGUUCGUCUGCCUGAUGCCGCUCUGUUUCGCGUUGCUUUUGGGACCAGGGAGACCCGGGACUGCUGAGGAAGUCACCCUCCUGGAUUCCAAAUCUUCCCAGGCUGAACUAGGCUGGACUGCACUACCAAGUAAUGGGUGGGAGGAGAUCAGCGGCGUGGAUGAACAUGAUCGUCCCAUCCGCACAUACCAGGUGUGCAACGUGCUGGAGCCCAACCAGGACAACUGGUUGCAGACCGGCUGGAUUAGCCGUGGCCGCGGGCAGCGCAUCUUCGUGGAGCUGCAGUUCACACUGCGAGACUGCAGCAGCAUCCCUGGUGCUGCCGGCACCUGCAAGGAGACUUUCAAUGUCUACUACCUGGAAACCGAGGCCGACCUAGGUCGUGGAGGUCCCCGCCUGGGCGGAAGCCGGCCCCGCAAGAUCGACACCAUAGCGGCCGAUGAGAGUUUUACACAGGGCGACCUGGGCGAGCGCAAGAUGAAGCUGAACACAGAGGUGCGCGAAAUUGGCCCUCUCAGUCGGCGGGGUUUCCACCUGGCCUUCCAGGAUGUGGGCGCAUGCGUGGCCCUGGUCUCUGUGCGUGUCUACUACAAGCAGUGCCGCGCCACGGUGCGGGGCCUGGCGAUGUUCCCAGCCACCGCAGCGGAAAGUGCCUUCUCCACGCUGGUGGAGGUGACCGGGACGUGCGUGGCGCACUCAGAAGGGGAGCCUGGCAGCCCCCCGCGCAUGCACUGUGGCGCGGAUGGUGAGUGGCUGGUGCCCGUGGGCCGCUGCAGCUGCAGUGCUGGAUUCCAGGAACGUGGUGACGUCUGUGAAGCCUGUCCCCCAGGGUUUUACAAGGUGUCCUCCCGGAGACCCUUCUGCUCGCCCUGCCCAGAGCACAGUCGGGCCCUGGAAAAUGCCUCCACCUUCUGUGUGUGCCAGGACAGCUAUGCUCGCUCCCCGACAGACCCGCCUUCAGCUUCCUGCACCCGGCCGCCGUCGGCGCCGCGGGACCUGCAGUACAGCCUGAGCCGCUCGCCGCUGGCGCUGCGGCUGCGCUGGCUGCCGCCGGCGGACUCGGGCGGCCGCUCGGACGUCACGUACUCGCUGCUGUGCCUGCGCUGCGGCCGCGAGGGCCCGGCGGGCGCGUGCGAGCCGUGCGGGCCGCGCGUGGCCUUCGUGCCGCGCCAGGCCGGGCUGCGGGAGCGCGCCGCCACCCUGCUGCACCUGCGGCCCGGCGCGCGCUACACCGUGCGCGUGGCGGCGCUCAACGGCGUCUCGGGCCCGGCGGCCGCCGCGGGAGCCACCUACGCGCAGGUCACCGUCUCCACCGGGCCCGGGGGGCCCUGGGAGGAGGAUGAGAUCCGCAGGGACCGCGUGGAGCCCCAGAGUGUGUCCCUGUCGUGGAGGGAGCCCAUCUCUUCUGGAGUCCCAGGGGCCAACAGCACGGAGUAUGAGAUCCGCUACUAUGAGAAGGGUCAGAGUGAGCAGACAUAUUCCACAGUGAAGACAGGGGCUCCUGCGGUCACGGUCACCAACCUGAAGCCGGCCACACGCUAUGUCUUUCACAUCCGGGCGGCCUCCCCAGGGCCCUCCUGGGAGACACAGAGCUUCAACCCCAGCAUUGAGGUGCAGACGCCAGGGGAGGCUGCCUCAGGGUCCAGAGACCAGAGCCCUGCAGUGGUUGUCACCGUGGUGACCAUCUCAGCCCUCCUCGUCCUGGGCUCCGUGAUGAGCGUGCUGGCCAUUUGGAGGAGGCCCUGCAGCUACGGCAAAGGAGGUCGGGAUGCCCAUGAUGAGGAGGAGCUGUAUUUCCACUUCAAAGUCCCCACGCGUCGCACAUUCUUGGACCCCCAGAGCUGUGGAGACCCUCUGCAGGCUCUCCAUCUGUUUGCCAAGGAGCUGGAUGCAAAAAGCAUCACGCUAGAGAAGAGCCUUGGAGCAGGCCGCUUUGGGGAGCUGUGCUGCGGCUGCCUGCAGCUCCCCGGGCGCCAGGAGCUCCUGGUGGCCGUGCACACUCUGAGGGAGGGCUGCUCAGAUGCCCAGAGGCUCAGCUUCCUGGCCGAGGCCCUCACUCUGGGCCAGUUUGACCAUAGCCAUGUCCUGCGACUGGAGGGUGUCGUCACCCGAGGAAGCAACUUGAUGAUUGUCACCGAAUACAUGAGCCUUGGCGCCCUGGAUGGCUUUCUUAGGCGGCACGAGGGUCAGCUGGUGGCGGGGCAGCUGAUGGGGCUGCUGCCAGGGCUGGCAUCAGCUAUGAAGUACCUGUCAGAGAUGGGCUACGUGCACCGCGGCCUGGCAGCCCGCCGAGUCCUAGUUAGCAUCGACCUCGUGUGCAAAAUCUCCGGCUUUGGGCGGGGACCCCGGGACCGAGCAGAAGCUGUCUACACCACGAUGAGUGGCCGGAGCCCGGCACUGUGGGCUGCCCCUGAGACGCUUCAGUUUGGCCACUUCAGCUCUGCCAGUGAUGUGUGGAGCUUCGGUGUCGUCAUGUGGGAGGUGAUGGCCUUUGGGGAGAGGCCCUACUGGGACAUGUCUGGCCAAGACGUGAUCAAGGCCGUGGAGGAUGGCUUCCGGCUGCCGCCCCCCAGGAACUGCCCCUCCCUGCUGCACCGGCUGAUGCUUGACUGCUGGCAGAAGGAUCCAGGUGAGCGGCCCAGGUUCUCCCAGAUCCACAGCAUCCUGAGCAAGAUGAUGCAGGACCCAGAACCCCCGAAGUGUGCCACGACCACCUGUCCCAGGCCUCCCACCCCACUGGCGGACCGUGCCUUCUCUACCUUCCCCUCCUUUGGCUCUGUGGGCGCAUGGCUGGAGGCCCUGGACCUGUGCCGCUACAAGGACAGCUUCGCCGCGGCUGGCUACGGGAGCCUGGAGGCUGUGGCUGCCAUGACUGCUCAGGACCUGGUGAGCCUGGGCAUCUCCUCAGCAGAGCAUCAGGAGGCCCUCCUCAGCGGGAUCAGCACCCUGCGGACGCGCGUCCUCCAGCUGCAGGGCCAGGGGGUUCAGGUGUGAGUGGCUGCACUCUUCCAGGCCAGAAGUCCAGGGGGACUCCAGGGCCCAGCCCUGCCCACGACCCUGGCACACUGCACUCCCCACCGUGUGCAGGCGAGCACCAUCGUUCUCCACUUGGGCCCAGAGCUUGUUUGGGGCCACAGUAACCCCCCAUUUCAUUGCCUCCCACUCCCAUUUUGCCCAGUCUGAACACCUUGGCUGGCACAGCCCCCCUGGAAAAAAGGUUCGAAUCCCAGGGGAGGUUCCCUGAGAUAACAGCCAGAGGAAAUGCAGGGUCCUCUGAGUCAGGGUCUGGGCGGGGAGGGAAGGUGUAGCUUUAAGUCACCCAGUUCAUGCUCUUCUGUCUUCCACACCCACUGUGGUACAGGGCCUACUCCAGUGGGUGCCUGAUUUUCCCAUAGACCCACUGGCCAGCAGUGGGUCCCUGCUGGCUCCAGUUCAACCUGGUAGCAACCACAGCUGUCCUGCUGGGUCCCCGAGGGGCAGGAUCCUUGGCUCCCUAUGCAGGGUUGGGCCCUGUCUGGACAUUGGUCCCAAGGUCUAGGCAGCAAAGGUGGUGCUGAAGUCGGGGCUGGACCCCAAGGGCCCUAGACUCAGGAGCUGAUUUCUGCUUCCUCUGCCCUUGGACUGACAGUUCAGGGUGAGGGUGAGGAUCCUGGCUGGGCUGCUCCAUGUCCUGGUGCUCCCCUGAGGCCCCAGACCUCACCUUUGUAUUCCUUUUAUAAACUUCCUGGCUGGCACAUGAGGUUAUGGCGGCUGCACUCUUCCAGACGGGGAGCACAGUUUUCACCCAGGGCCCCAAGAACUUCACUGCCCAGCCAUGGGGCAUGGUGAAGAAGAAGCUCUCUGGAUGGGUCUUCUCUCUCCAGCAAGCUGGUCCAGCCCUUGCUGUGCCGUGGGAGAGGCCUAGGCCCAGGUGGUGUUGGCGUCAGAGCUGGGGCUGCAGCCCAGGCUGCCCAGGCCCCAGUCCAGGGAUGAGGUUGGCUCUGGAGAGCCUGGUCCUGCCCUGUAACACCAACACUCAUCCCUGAGGUUACCCAGGGGGUGCUCGAGGUGGCGUCCUCUUGCAAGCCCCGACCCUGGACACCACCCAGCCUCCCCUAGAGCUCUCCACCUCUGCUUCCACGGAACUGACUGGAGAGUUCCUCCUCCAGAAGGGCUUUCCCAGAGUGGUAGUGACCAUGGUGAGACUGGGAGCUCGUGGCACAGCAGGAUGGCAGCUGGAUCUGCAAAGGGCCAUGGCUGCGUUUGCCCAGGUCACCCUGACACAGGCCUGUGCUGGGUGGCUGUGUUUGAAGGGUGGAUGGGGA